GAAGAAGUCAAAGUCUAUGAUGAUAUAGACAACAGCACCCAAGGGGAUGAUGUGGAGGAUGCUGACUGUGAAGAGGCAGAUUUGUAUGAAAUCCCUGUUACCCAAACGUCUGAAGAGAGUCCCCAGUCGGUGGAACCUAUCAUCCGAGUGAUACACUGUGGCAAUGCAGAUGAUGCAUCCUCUGAAGAAGCCUCUUCACCUCAGCCAAGAAAGCCGCCCUUACCACCACGGAAGGAAACUGUUUCGGAUCCCCUUGUACAGAGUUCUUCUCUCCGGGAUUCAGGAUCUUCCCAGCUCAGAUGCUUACCCCCCCAGCUCCCAGCACGUCCACAGUUGGCAACUCGAAGCGAGAUUUAUGCUAUGACAUCUGAAAAAUCAGAGCAUACUGAUGACAACACAGAUGAGGAGCUUACAUCAUACGAAUCAAAUGAUUAUGAGCAUGAUAUGGAACUUCUCUCAAAACUAAGCAUCAAGCUGCCCAAAACUUUAAAAAAAAUGAAGAAGAUGAAGAAUGGCCGAAAAUCCCACUCUUCAUCACAGUGGAAUCUUGCUCAGCCUUUUAGAUCUUUGGAAGAUGUGAUUAUCUCGGGUGAACUUCACCUUAAACGGAAGCUCACCUGGAAUAAACGACUUGUGGCUGUCAGUGCUGGACGCUUGAUCUGUUACAAAUCUGAGAAGGAGCUGCGGCCGGGUUUGGUCAUCACUUUGGCAGGUUAUAAUGUCAGCUGUACGGAACGUGAGGGACGUCAUGGUUAUGAACUGAAGCUUACUCAACCAAUGUCAGAAACAUACCAUUUCGCAGUUGAAUGCAAAGACUGGGCCCAAACAUGGGCAGAGGUGAUCAAGUGUGUGGCUGAGGGGAAGCCUGUUCCUAACCGACCCCAACAUCUGACUAGAGCCAUCAGUGGGCAUUCAGAUUCAGGGAUGGGAAGUCGAUGGUUAACCUGGGCAAGUAUGACUAUGUUGAUUCAGAAUGAUGUAAGAGGAUCAGGCUCCAACCUUUCCACUGCUAGUAGUGAUCAUGGUAGCCAUGAUGAAAAUUUCCAUAGGCGGACUGGCAUUGAGGAUUUGGGCAAUGAGAAAUCUCAUCACUUGGGAAUGCUGGCUUCAAAAGCAUCCCAAUUCUUAGAAACGAUUGGUCGCAAGCGACAUUCGAGGAAGCCAUCAGAGCUGAAACUCAGCCGAAUAUCAUUAAAUUCUUCACCCAAGAAAAAACACUCCACACCAUCAUCUGACACAUCACCAGAGAUCUUUAAGUCUGAAAAACUGACAACUUUGUCUGAAAAUAAUCGCUGGCAGGACAUUAGCAUCAAGUGUAAAAGUUAUUUGAAUGUCUAUAGCAGUUUCAACAAGAGGCCGUGGGGCAAGCGAUGGUGUUUGGUAAAGUUGCACACAUUCGAGUGCUACCAGAACAGCAACAGUAAUAUUUGUGAACUGAACUUCUUGCUCAAGGAUUGUGUCGUUCGGUGGGCAAAGGAAGAGACAAAGAGUGAGCUAGGACUCAUGAUUUUAAAUAACAACAUUGAAAAAAUUACAGUAGAGGCUUUGAAUGAGACAGACAUGAGGAAUUGGCUGUCUGUGCUGAUGGAAGAGACAGCGACAAAACUGGUCCCUGAGGGCUUGGAUAAAUAUUUCGAAGAACAGCCUUACUCAGACAUUCCAAUGAGCAGACAGUCAAGUGUUAAAUAUUCUCAGCCUCAUGAAAGUGAUUAUGAGAGCUGUGAGCGGAAUCUUGCUUUGGAUGACAAAGUCUUUGAUGAAAAUUUAGAAACAGUUGUUGAAGAACUGACUAAACUCCAAGAAGAAGAAAGAACAGCAACAAAGGCAAAAGUGGUGUUAACUGCUCAAGUAAAACGCAUGAAUGUAAUUGACAGCACUGAGAAGUCAGUGGCUCCUGUAGAUGCCGAAACAUCUAAAAAUAACUGUGCCUUAUUUCCACAAAACGGUAAAUCUGAGAUGUCUGAGAGUUAUGACUCCAAGUUAUGGUUUGCUGAGGCUUCAGGCACUUCUGCUGAUCUGAUAUCAAAACACGUCCAAGACAUCCAGGAAUCUUACCUUACAGACUCGUCAGCAAGUGAAAAGAAUACCAGCACACCAGUUUCUUCACAAGCAACACCAGACAAGUCUUCAAGUACGGACAUCAGUGAGAAUGUUGACCCACUAUACUCAUGGAAUCCACAAUAUCGAAGCAGCGAGCUUCUCUCAGAGAAGGAUAUUGAGGCUUUGAUGCAGUCGUGGAAUGUGAAAACCAAAAUUAUCAAGCUUGAAGAGAAACAGCAGACUGACAUGCAUUCCAAACAGGACGGGAACAAAAAUGCCAAUUCCCGGCACUCAGUAGGUGCCUUAUCAACUCCAAAUAAGAGACCAUUUGUGUCAACCUCAAGAUCUGCUAACUUUUUGAGCAAAUACACUUUGGACAAUGUGGACAAUGUGGAAGACGCACCUUCUCUUAAUAGCACGCAUUCACCACCUAAAAACCUGGCUCCAAAUGGGUUUUCAACUGGGCGUUUUCGUAACUCAACUGGCCACGUUGAUGAUCAGAUUGAUUUACUGCAAGAACAACUAGAUGAUCUACGCUCAAAACUGGUGCUUCUCAAACAAAACAGGUUUUCUUGCCAUGACAUUUCAGUGCAAGCAGAUUGCAAUGAGGAAAAGCAGCCAGAGUAUAAUUAUAAAUACAUUCAACAUGAUGCUGAAAAUCAAGGAACAGACAAAGAGAUCAAUAGUAUGGAAAAGAAGAGGCGGGAAAAAGAUGAAGAAGAAAAUGAAGCUGAAAUAACUCAUUUCUAUGACACUUAA